AUGGCUCGCCCGGCAGCCGCCGCCGCAGGGGGGGCGCAGCCUCCCGGCCCGCGCGCGAGCGGCCCCGCGAUUGGCGGAGCGCGAGCGCCGCCGCGUCCCCGCCCGCGCGGCUGCGGCGGCCGCCGCCUCACGCCCGCCGGCCCCGGGGCUCGCCCCGUGCCUCUCCUCGCCCUCUGCCCCCGUCGCCUCCUGCUCCUCCUCGCCUUCUUUCCUCUCGCUCCUCCUGCCCCCCUCGCCUUCACGACUGAGGCGCCGCGACUGUGGGUGGCCGCGCUCGCUGCGGGCUCGGCCGGCGCCGCAGCAGCCUGCAAUCGCGGGGCGUGCGUGCGGGAGAAACCGCUGAGGAGAGCCGGGAGGGCCGAGCAUGGGGAAAGCCAGGCGUCCUGCCCCACAUGCCCCUUGCCCUGGGACACCGGGCCCAGCCUGACCUGGCAAGGCUUUAGGCAGCAGGAGGGAAAGAGAGGAGCAAGGGGAAGGGACAGGGCUGCUUCCAGACCAAGCCUACGUGUCCUGUUCGGCAUCCCUGGGUUGUGCAAACGAUGCAAGAUAAAACCAGGUCGUGCUCGCUCGGGCGUCCAGGUGACACGAGGCUUCGUGCACACACUGGCAUUUCUGCUUUCCAUUCAGUGCUUAAAAUCUCAGUGGCCUCUUCCAGCCUGCAUCCAGUGUGGAUGUUUACUGUCACAAACCCACUUCAAGACUCAGAGUGCCACCACAUAUUCUGAAAAAGAACAUCUUUAUCUGAAUUCCCGUGGUGUUGGGCAGAGAAGGAAAAUAUAACAGAUACAUUCUAAAGUUAUCCCAAACUGAGUUCCCAUGCAACAGUUUCUCAUUGUUUCUUUUCUGUUCUAUCUGCAAUCAGAAUUUGUUUUUCACCCUUGCCAAUUUUGCACUGAAUUUUUCAACUGGUCCUUCUAAAUGCAAGGAGUUGUUUCAAAACCAAGAGAUGUAUAAAUAAAACACAUUCAUCUGAAA